CUUACAGUACACUGAUGGGUAAUACGGUAUAUCCCACUUGGCUCUUGGCAAGUUGCGUCACCUCGUCUCGCUCCCAUUUUUCUUUCGUCCCUAUCCUAAUUUAUCGUCAAUUGGGGGAGAGACAACAUCUGCUCAACUGAGAAGCUCGAACGCCGAUCGACUUCAAUUCCCCAUUGCUCCUAUCAAUCUCCAUCUGUCUAGGUAUCUCCUUAGCCUGUUCAGUCCCUAGAUUCUACCCACUCUCCUGCACUUGUAGUGUAUGUAUGGUACAUUACCUUGCAGACCUCUCCCUCCUUCUCGACUGCCGGCACCUAGACUACACGUUUAUUUGAGCCUCGUUGAGUAUCAUCAAUCGCUAUCCUGCCACGAAACUGUCCGUCUGCCACCCAAUUCCCCCGCCGCUUCGAUGCAUCGAGCCAAGUUGCUUUGACAUUCACAACCGAUUGUCGAGCGUUUUCCUCGUUCGGCAGCGCCGACAACCUCUGCGCGCGCGUGCUUGGCCACGCCUAGACCCUCCAUCUACCCUGUGCCAUCUCUCUGGACUUGGUGGAAGUAGAAGACAAACCCCAUCGACAAGAUGCUGCCCUUCCGGAGAGCUAUCAUAUUCGCUGUGUUUUUCAUCACGGCAUUCAUUCUCAUCCGCCGUGCACAUACCACCGAUGCGCCCAACCCCAUUCGAAGACCUCCGCCUAGGCCGUCGACUCCUAACAGAGACGGCGAUAAGGCCCUACAUAAUGCGCCGUCCACGUCUGAUUCUGAUCGCGCCGAUGUAGGCGACCACCGAGAGAAACCUGUGUCUGGUCAGAAAGUCAAUGUAAACCUCUCCAAGUUGUCCUUAUAUGACAAACUGGCGUACCAGUACCCUUAUGACAUCGAGACCAAGUUCCCGGCCUACAUAUGGCAGACGUGGAGGAGCACACCUGAGGACGAUGAGUUUGACUUUCGCGAUGAGGAAGGUUCUUGGACUUAUUACCAUCCGGGUUUUGUUCAUGAAGUCAUUACAGACCAAGUUGCCGUACACCUCCUUCGGUUGCUUUAUGCCCCUAUCCCUGAAAUCCUCGAAGCCUACGAUGCCUUGCCUGAGCCCGUUCUUAAAGCUGAUUUCUUCCGCUAUCUCAUCCUGCUUGCGCGUGGUGGCAUCUACUCGGAUAUUGAUACAUACGCCCUCAAAAGCGCCUCGGACUGGCUUCCAGACACGGUGCCCCAGAAGAGCAUCGGACUAGUGAUCGGUAUCGAGGCCGAUCCAGAUCGGCCAGACUGGAAAGAUUGGUAUAGCCGCAGAAUCCAGUUCUGCCAAUGGACCAUUCAAGCGAAACCGGGACACCCCGUAUUACGUGAUAUCGUGUCUCGCAUUACGGCCGAGACCCUGAAAAGAAAGAAGGAAGGUACUUUCAUAACCAAGGAAAAAUCCAUCGUCGAGUUUACAGGUCCGGCUAUCUGGACCGAUACCAUCUUCGAUUAUCUUAAUGACCCCCGAUACUUCAACAUGAAGCGCAGUGCUGGUGAAAUUACGUACCAAAACUUUACGGGCAUGGAAAACCCCAAGAAGGUGGGCGAUGUGGUAGUAUUGCCCAUCACGAGCUUCUCUCCUGGUGUGCAACAAAUGGGUGCUAAAGAUUACGAUGAUCCCAUGGCAUUUGUCAAACAUGAUUUUGAAGGUACCUGGAAACCUGAGAGCGAACGACAUAUUGGUGAAGUUCAGCAAUAGAAAUUCUUUGCACCAUUUGGGUUAUGAUCUCAGCUUUUACCAUCCAGAUGUACCCACAUCUUGCGAAGCCCAGUGCUGUUUAGGGUCGUAUAGAUGAGGAUAUAUUUCUCUCAAAGCCUCACCUAGUUCUAACGUCCUAUUCCAUGAUGAGGAGAUUAUUGACCGAUGGAACGAAAGAAUGAUCGCUAUCCGGUAAUCCUAGCUCGUUCCACUCGAAUGCCUGCGGGAUGGUGUAUGGUAGAUGAACGCUGAACCGCCGAACGUGAGAGGAAUGCUUGCGCUAGUUCGAAGCCCUAAUGACGCAUGCCCACUCUACUCAUUGCAUAUUGCGAGGACCGGGGAAUGACGCACCCCAUCAUCGAACGCAGCAUGAAGAGGCUCGCCAAAAAAGGAUUCGGGUGGUGUGUAUAGCUAGAGGUGGGACUUGGUUCAAUAACGACGCGCUGCUCAAGCUUUUUUAUGUGUAUAUAUUCGGCAGAGCAUGGAUAUCAUAGAAAUGGCGUUUAGGUCGGGAUGCGGGGCUUUGGCCCUGCGAAAUGGUAUAUACUUAGGCAGGCAUUGAUAUUCUCUGCUGUGGCAUGAUUGCUGGCCAUCAGCUGAACAGGCGCAUACGUCACCUCUUUUUUUAGGAGUCA